AUUUUUCCGAUUGAUCGUAAAAAAAUGUCAAUCAUUUUUUGUUGUUUAUUGUGAAAAUUGUUUGUUAAUUUAAUUAAUUGAUUAUGUUUAAUUGUAACCCUUUCUGUUUUGUUAUUUAUCAGUUUAACUGUAAAUAUCAUCUUCCACGGUGGGAAUAAGGAUACAUUAACACAUUAAGUCCGGUGGUCGUUUUGGUUGAUGAUGUUGAUUGUUUUCUAAAUCAUCAAAAGACUCAUCUGUACAUAAGAAGAAGAAACUUUUGCUUUUUUUUUAUUUUUCACUUGCAUCAAAAAGCAUCGUUAUAAUAUUUAAAGUGACCUCAUAUUAUUCUGUUAUCCAUCACCUUUAUUCAUCUUUUAGAAAAGUAAAAUUUUCAACUUCACUUUGGAACUGUUGAACUUUUUGCUUCUUGUCAUCUUCUUGUUUUGUUUUAAAAGAGAAAAAGUAACAAUCAUUUCAUUACAUCUUCACCAUGGGACGUACUGCGACUAGGAAAAGUGAACCUCACUCUUCACGUGUACCAACAGUUGCUUCAACACCGACAAAUGACCUGAAAACACAUAAGAAACCCGAUUCACCGGAAAAUGUUUUGAACAUGGAGAUGAUGCAACGAACAAGACCUGAAAAUUCAACGUUAACUUAUGCUGAAGCACAAAGAAUGGUAGAAAUUGAAAUAGAUGGAAGAGUACAUCGAAUUAAUAUCAAUGAGCCUUUGGAUAUUAUUCAAGUUGAUACCAAAAAUGGUUUCGGUUUAAAUGGAUCCAUGAAUGAUACUAAAGAAGAAAUUAAAGAAGAGAAAAGUGAAGAGACAAACACACCGAAAGGAGGUAAAACAGGUAGAGGUGGAAAAGGAGGAAAAGGUGGGAAAGGUGGUAAAGGUAAAAAUCGAGGUAAAGCUAAAUUUGGUCGACCAUCUAAAAAUAAGCAACAAACUCCAGUAGAACCACGAACACCUCUAACAAAUGGACCAGUUUUACCAAAACCCUCUUUUCGUGUUCUAUCUGAUUAUAAUCCACCUGAUGCACCACCAAGACCCACCUCAUAUUUUAGAUUUAUUGAUAAAUCUCCUGAUGAAUUAGAUGAAGAGGUUGAAUAUGAUAUGGAUGAAGAAGAUUGUGCUUGGCUUGAAUUAGUUAAUUCAAAGAGAAAAUCUGACGGUUUAAAUGAGGUGCCUGCAGAUACAUUUGAACUACUCAUGGAUCGUUUAGAGAAAGAAUCUUAUUUUUCAAGUCAAAAUAGUGGUAAAGAAAUGGGUCCAGCCAUUGAUGAAGAUGCCGUUUGUUGUAUAUGCAGUGAUGGCGAAUGUCAAAAUGCCAAUGCUAUCCUUUUUUGUGAUAUGUGUAAUUUAGCAGUUCACCAAGAAUGUUACGGAGUACCUUAUAUACCUGAAGGUCAAUGGUUAUGUCGACGGUGUCUUCAAUCUCCCUCUCGAGCUGUUGAUUGUGUUUUAUGUCCAAAUAAAGGUGGAGCUUUUAAACAGACAGAUGAUAAUCGUUGGGCUCAUGUUGUUUGUGCUCUAUGGAUACCUGAAGUUUGUUUUGCAAAUACCGUUUUCCUUGAACCCAUCGAUAGCAUUACAAAUAUUCCUACUGCCCGGUGGAAGUUAACCUGUUCCAUAUGCAAACAGAAAUCGGUUGGUGCAUGUAUCCAGUGCCAUAAGACUAAUUGUUAUGUUGCAUUUCAUGUAACCUGUGCUCAACAGGCUGGACUUUACAUGAAAUUAGAAGCAAGUAAAGAAGUUACACCAAAUGGAGUCGUUGCAAGUGUACGUAAAGUGGCCUAUUGUUUAACUCAUACACCAACAGAUGAGAAUGGUGUUAGUUUAAGUGGAGUCUAUGGGGAUGAAGAUUCUCGUUCUAGUUUUAUUAAAAGAUGUCAAAAUGAAGCACUUUAUAAGGAGAAGAUGCGUAAAGCUCGUAAAAUGUUAGCCGAAAAACGAUCUGUGUUACCUGUUGUCUCUAUCCCGACCAUACCAGCCGAUAGAUUAACUCGAAUAGCUUCACUUAUCAAUAUACCUAAACGUAAUCAAUUUAUCCAGCGACUUCUUGGUUAUUGGACAUUAAAACGACAUUCCAGAAACGGUGUACUUUUACUUCGUCGACUUCAAAUAUCCUAUGCAGGAGCACGUAAAGGAAGUGAAUUAAAUAAUGAUGAACAAGCGAUCAAGAUGAGAGAUGAAUUGAAAUAUCUACAACGUCUUCGUCAAGAUUUAGAGAAAGCUCGACUUUUGGUUGAAUUAAUAAGAAAACGAGAAAAAUUGAAACUUGAGUUUAUUAAAGUUCACCAAUUAAUUGUUGAAACAAGUUUCCAACCAUUAAGUCACCAUUUAAGAAAAGUAUUGUCACAAUUAGAGGCAAAGGAUACACAGAAAAUAUUUGCAGAGCCAGUUGAUACUAAAGAAGUUUUCGAUUAUCUUAAUUUCAUCUCCCAUCCAAUGGACUUUUCAACAAUGAGAUCCAAAAUUGAGUCAAAUGUUUAUAGAAAUCUCACCGAAUUUGAAAGCGAUUUUGAUUUAAUGAUCAACAAUUGCAUGUCAUAUAACAGUAAAGAUACUUUGUAUUAUAAAGCUGCUGUCAGGCUGAAAGAUGCUAGUGAACGUAUUUUCCAGGAAGCCAGGGUAACUCUUAAAAAACCGAUCGUACCAAAAAUCGAAGACGACAAUGGAUCAAUGUCAUCUUAUCAAACAGCAUCAGAAUCUAAUGAUCAUGAUAUCAAAGAAAUGCAAGAAUUAAGUGAUAAAAUAAAACAUCGGACACCAGGAAGGAAAAGAUCAGCCAAGAAACACUCAGGAUCUCAAACUAAAAAACAAGCGACAACAUCACAUCCUGGUAAUGCAACACUAGAAACUCCUCAAAAUCCUCCUUUCCCUGCAGCUUCUGUCCCUCAGACUGAUAGUUUCAAAGUUUAUCGAUCCAUAAUAAAUGCAGCCAGUGAUUCAGAUUUUAAUUCUGAAAGCUCAAGAUCAUCAGCAACAACAGCAUCAACUGAAUAUUCUGGAUCAUCACAAUCAUGGACAACGAGCUUACAAGCUUCAUGUGGUAGCAAAGCAAGUUCUGAGGCGCGAGAAACACCAACAAAUUCACCAAGACCAACUUCUCGCUCAUCGAGAUCUGAUAUUUCAAAUGAUAGUCAGAACUUGAUACCGUUAGAGCCCUUGGACCUUGUUUGGGCCAAGUGUCGUGGAUAUCCUUGGUAUCCAGCCCUGAUUGUUAAUCCAGAUAUGCCAAAGACUGGAUAUCUCCAUAAAGGAGUUCCCAUCCCUGUUCCUCCUGAUGAUGUACUCGAACUACGAGCACAACAUAUUGGACCUGUAUAUUUAAUUUUAUUUUUUGAUGCGAAACGAACAUGGCAAUGGUUACCAAGAAAUAAGUUGGAACCUUUAGGUGUAGACUCGAAUCUGGAUCAAGCUAAACUGAUAGAAUCAAGAAAACCCGCCGAGAGGAAAGCGGUUAAAAAAGCUUUUGAAAAAGCAAUUGACCAUUGUUGUAAAGUCGCCGGAGACCCACCAGAAUCAGGAGAAUCGGAUAAUGAUGUUUAAGAUAUUGACACAUUCACAAAACAAAAAGAAAACAAAUACUAAAAGAAGUAACGAAAUUUGCCUGUACAGUAAAAAAGCACAAUCGUAAUAUCGAUUAAUGUAAAUAUCUUGAAAGAAAAAUCUUUCCGUUUGUCUUUGAUCUUGUUCUUUUACCUUUCUCUGUAUCUCUUUUUUCCCCAUUCACACCUUCUUCAUUUUCUAUGUAAAUAGUCAAACUAAAUCAAACUUUUGUCAAUUCAGUUGCGAAUCAAUAUAAUCAAACGAAAAGAAAAGUUGAAAAUAAUAAUGUGUUGGUCAAGUGUUGAAAUAAUAUUGACAAAAAUUGCGAAAA